AUGUCUCAGGAUUACGUUAUCAAGCCAGAAGAUGCAGGUGCUUCUACCAACACUGCUGAAUGGCCAUUAUUACUAAAGGACUACGACAAAUUGCUAGUCAGAAGUGGUCACUACACUCCAAUUCCAGCUGGUUCUUCUCCUCUGAAGAGAGAUCUAAAAUCUUACAUCUCUUCUGGUAUUAUCAACUUGGAUAAGCCAUCUAACCCAUCUUCCCACGAAGUUGUUGCUUGGAUUAAGCGUAUUCUACGUUGUGAAAAGACCGGUCAUUCCGGUACUCUGGAUCCUAAGGUUACUGGUUGUUUGAUUGUUUGUAUUGACAGAGCCACCAGAUUGGUUAAAUCUCAACAAGGUGCUGGUAAAGAGUACGUGUGUAUUGUUAGAUUACACGAUGCCUUAAAGGAUGAAAAAGAUCUGGGCCGUUCUUUGGAAAACUUGACAGGUGCUUUAUUCCAAAGACCACCUUUAAUCUCUGCCGUUAAGCGUCAAUUACGUGUUCGUACAAUCUAUGAUUCUAAUUUGAUUGAAUUUGACAACAAGAGAAACUUAGGUGUCUUCUGGGCUUCUUGUGAAGCUGGUACUUAUAUGCGUACAUUGUGUGUCCAUUUAGGUAUGUUAUUAGGUGUCGGUGGUCACAUGCAAGAACUUCGUCGUGUUAGAUCCGGUGCUCUAUCUGAAAACCAAAACAUGGUCACUUUACAUGAUGUUUUAGAUGCCCAAUGGGUUUACGACAACACUAGAGAUGAAUCUUACUUGAGAAAGAUCAUCAGUCCUCUGGAAACUUUACUAGUUGGUUACAAGAGAAUCGUUGUCAAGGACUCUGCUGUGAAUGCCGUUUGUUACGGUGCUAAGUUGAUGAUGCCAGGUUUAUUACGUUACGAAGAAGGUAUUGAAUUAUACGAUGAAGUCGUUUUAAUCACAACUAAGGGUGAAGCUAUUGCCGUUGCACAUGCUCAAAUGUCCACUGUCGAUUUGGCCACUUGUGAUCACGGUGUUGUUGCUACUGUAAAGAGAUGUAUUAUGGAAAGAGAUCAAUAUCCAAGAAGAUGGGGUCUAGGUCCGGUCGCUCAAAAGAAGAAACAAAUGAAGGCUGAUGGUAAGCUAGAUAAGUACGGUCGUGUUAACGAAAAUACUCCUGAAGACUGGAAGAAGAGUUAUGUCUCCUUAGAAAAGUCAGAAACUACUGAGUCCACCUCUAAGCCAGCCGCUACUGAAACUCCUUUGAUUAAAGAAGUUGAAAAGGAAGAUGAAACUGUAAAGGAAGAUGAGGUUGCUGAAGUUAAGAAAGAAAAGAAGGAAAAGAAGGAAAAGAAAGAGAAGAAGGAAAAGAAGGAAAAGAAAGAGAAGAAGGAAAAGAAGGAAAAGAAGGAAAAGAAGAGAAAGGCAGAAGAUGACGAAGAAUCUGACAAGAAGAAGAAGAAGUCCAAGAAAUAA